UCGGGGGCUCCUAACCUCUAGGGUAAUUGUUUAUUAAUUUGCUUUUACAUCAUGAGGAGCUUAUCAACCAUCAGAUCACGUUCAUUCACUUGUGGAAAAUUACGAACCCGAGCUUUUGCUACGCAAGUAGAGAAACAGUCUGAAAAAUGGAAGUCCGUGAUUGGCCUGGAGAUUCAUGCACAGAUUUCAACGGCCUCCAAGCUUUUCUCUGGGGCGAGCACGGAUUUUGGAGAGCCGGUGAAUUCCUGUGUCUCGUUCUUCGAUUGUGCUACACCGGGAACUCUUCCGGUACUGAAUAAAAAAUGUGUGGAAGCUGGGGUAUUGGCUGCUCUGGCCCUCUCCUCACAGUUGAACGAAGUCUCUCUGUUCGACAGGAAGCACUACUUCUACGCGGAUUUACCGUCCGGUUAUCAAAUAACACAACAGAGGAAACCCCUGGCAGUAGGAGGAGAGUUGAAGUUCUCUGUUUUUACUCCGGGAAUCCACAAAGAGCCUUAUUUCAAGUCAUCACAAUUGAAGCAGUUACAAUUGGAACAAGACAGUGGAAAAAGCCUACAUGACGAGCCCAGGGCGAGGAGUCUUGUAGACCUGAACAGAGCUGGGGUACCUCUGAUGGAAUUUGUAUUCGAGCCAGAUCUUUCUGAUGGUGAAGAAGCUGCAGCUCUUGUUAAAGAACUCAGUCUUGUUUUGCAGAGACUGAAUGCAUGUUCUUGCAAGAUGGAAGAGGGUGCACUUCGAGUGGACGCUAACAUCUCAGUGCACCGUCCAGACGAGCCCCUGGGUGUGAGGACGGAGGUGAAAAACAUCUUCAGCGUGCGAGCAGUAGCUGCAGCGAUAAAAUACGAGAUAGCACGACAAAAGAAUCUCCUGGAAAAGGGCCAGAAAAUCGUCAAUGAGACUCUAUCCUGGGACGCAGCGAGACGCAAGACCGUCUCGAUGAGGGAUAAGGAGGAGAAGCAGGACUACAGAUUCAUGCCAGAGCCCAAUUUACCACCCCUUCGUCUCCACCUCAGGAAGGAGGAUAAGAAUUGUCAUAAUUUGGUUGACGUUCCCAGCCUGAAGAGCCAGUUACCGGAAUUGCCCGAGGAACUGAGAGCCAGCCUCAGGGAGAGGUUUGGCCUUUCUACUCAGUAUGCUGAAAGGAUAGUUAAUGAGCCAGUGCUCCUUCAAUUAUUUGAGGGUAUCAUGGGGGAGAAGCCCCAAAGAAGCCCCAAGAUCACGGGCAAUAUACUCCUAGGCGAGCUUUUGGAGUAUUUAAACAAAAAUAAAAUGAAAUUAGACGACUUAUCAGUAUCGGUGAGACAAUUGGGGGAAAUAAUCGACUUAUUGGAAAGUCAAACAAUUAAUUUAAUGGUGGUUAAAAAAUUGUUGGAGAGGCUCAGGAUUGAUACGAUUGCUUCGCCCACUGAGAUCGUACAGGAGAACCGAUGGCAGCAAAUAAACGAUUACAAUGAAUUAAAGGAGCUUUGCCAGUCAGUCUUGGAUGAUAAUCCCUCAUUAGUAAAAUCAUAUAAGUCAGGAAAAAAGAAAGUGUUCACCGCCUUGUUGAAACCAGUUCUCAAACGAUCAGAGGAUCGAGCCAACAUGAGAAAGGUUACGCAAAUCCUAGAGGACUUGUUGAAGUAAAAAGGUAAAUGCGUCAAUGCCAAUAUUACGAUAACUACUAUACAAUUGGUGUUGUUAUCUACCCACCCCCUCGUAGUUACCAAAUAAUUUGUAAGUUUUUUUGUUAAAUAUUGUUGUAUUUAAAAAAAUGUACAUUGUUCAUUCUUUCAGCUUACAAUGUGUUUAGCUACGAUUUUCUUUUAUUAUAUAAAAACAAUCACCAUAGUUCAAACGCCCAUAUUGCAGUGUACAGUGACGUAUAAUUUUAUAAAUAACGUGAACAUUUUUCAUCCUAAGUUACUCGCAAAUCAAAUUUCCUCCUCGUAGCGAAAGUGAUAGAAAAAUGAAUAUUUUUUUUUUUAGUAUUCUCAUUGUUUCAGAUCUUUGAGAAAAAGAAUAUGUAUCUACAUAAUUACAUCGAGUCUUUACAAAGUAUUUAACAUUCACAGUGUCGUCAAGUAUUCAAUCAAUAUCGAUUGCUUUAAACUUUAAAAAAUCGUCUAAUUUAGUCGUAAUUUCGUUAUUAAAUCUUUACAAUGUCGAUAUAAAAGUUCUCGUUUUAGUAGCGACUGAGACAUUAUUGAAGGCGAUUUUUAUGUUUCAUACGGUCGAAUUCCAUUUUAUUUGCAUUAAGAAUUUUAUUUCUGUUAUUAAUCGCCUUUAUUUGCCUUCGGCACAGCCACAAUAGUAACUGAAUCUACAUAUUCCUUCGAAAUAAAUUAAAUUAUUAACACAAAAAAUUAAUCAAUUUUCAUCGCAGCAGCAGUAAGUCAACAUUGUAUUAAUGGAUGUUGAAUUGUUAAAAUAUGGAUAAAGUAAAUAAUACAAUUUAACAAAUAAUUUGCAGCCUUUCCCAAAAUUCUAAUUUUAUCGUCUUCUCACUUUGGAUGCACCAAAGAUUACUCAUCAACUUGUUUAUUUGGAAAGCUUACUGAUAACUCUUAUGAGGGCUCCGUUUUCGUCCUUUAGCCUCUGGUUCUCGCACUUCAACUGCUCCAGCAUCUAGAAGAUAAAAUAAAAACAUUUUUCCUUGUCUCGUUGAUGGCAUUUGUCAGGCGACAGAACAGAAAAAUAUUAAUUCAGCUGCUGUAACACGCCCUAGAUUACUUUUAAUUAAUUAGGGAACUGGUAAAUCAUUCGGAUGUACUUGGAGAGAAAUACAUUUUUUAUUAACAAAUUUUUAUCUUUCUGCGGGUUUACGCGAGGUCUCAGAGGUACAGAAUAUGUUUUCAGCUCAUGCCAGGCGGUUCAUGCAGUGGGGAGUCCCUGAAGUGCCAUUUAAUUAAUUAGGCACUUGUACCUCCCACUAAUCUAGAGUAAAUACUAGAAUAAUCAGAGGCGUAAAUGGAUUCAUUCCGCGAAAUUAGUAACGAGCUGAAAACACAGGAACAAGAAAAAGACUCACUAACUCAGAAAAAAAAUAAAAACU